CUUGACUCAAGACAUUCCUCUCGCUUUUCGCUGUCAUUCGAGGGUUUCCAUGAACUCAGCAAUGGAGUCCAGUUCGGAUUUGCUAUCAAGACUUUCGGUUGCCAUCGCGAACCUCCACACGCAAUCUCCAACCGAAGAUGUCCUACCUGCAGAACAGGCGCUGACUCUGGCACGACAAAAACUCCUCAAAAGCCUACCAGUGCAAGGGAGAGGGCUGGAAAGGACCAUAGAUCACUUGCAGAACGACAUUGUUCCGGGACUCAACGCCUCCAGCCGUUCCUCUCGUUAUUAUGGCUUUGUCACGGGAGGCAGCACUCCGGCAGCAAGUCUCGCAGACAACCUAGUCACAACCUAUGACCAGAAUGUCCAGGUCCAUUUGCCGCAGGAAACGGUAGCCACGGACGUUGAAGACAGAGCGCUUUCCAUGUUGUGCGAGCUCCUGAGGCUGGACCCCUCCCAAUGGCCGCACCGCGUCUUCACUACCGGGGCUACCGCGAGUAACAUCCUCGGGCUGGCCUGUGGUAGGGAAUAUGCCAUUACAGAGGCAUCUGCAGUCCGCAGCGACCCGCCGUUGAGUGUUGGGGACAUAGGCAUCUAUGAGGCCAUGCACCGGGCGGGUAUCGACAGGAUUCAGAUUUUGACGACCGUCCCACACUCAUCACUCAGCAAAGCUGCAAGUAUACUUGGACUGGGACGUGCCUCAGUCAAGUCAAUUGGGCUAGCGGAUGCGCCGCAUAAGUUCGACAUAGCGCAGUUGAAGAAGCUCCUCGAAACUCCUGGCACUGCGUCCAUUGUAGCCAUAUCAGCUUCAGAGGUUAACACUGGUUUCUUUGCAACAUCUGGAAUGAACGAGAUGCAGGAGAUCAGGAGUUUGUGUGAUACCUACGGCGCUUGGAUUCACGUCGAUGGAGCUUUCGGCAUCAUGGGCCGUCUUCUGACUGCCCAUGAGCACCAGACCAUCAUCAACGGUUGCGAAGGCCUUGAGCUGGCUGAUUCCAUAACGGGGGACUCUCACAAGCUUCUCAACGUCCCCUACGAUUGCGGCUUCUUUUUGUGCCGCCAUCGGGAUAUUGCGUCGAAUGUCUUCCAGAACCCCAAUGCUGCCUACCUCAGUGCAUCGCCCGGCAGCAUCAUGUCACCGCUUAAUAUCGGCAUAGAGAACUCUCGGCGUUUCCGAGCCCUCCCUGUUUAUGCCUCUCUGACGGCAUACGGGAUUGAGGGAUAUCGUCGGAUGCUUGAGAAGCAGGUUGCUCUUUCUCGAAGGGUUGCGGAGUUCUUGCUGGAAAGCAGCGAUUUUGAACUUCUGCCAAAGGAGGAAGGCAGCAAAGAUGAGAUAUUGAGCAAGGUUUUCAUGAUCGUCCUGUUUCGAGCCAAGGACGACGGGAUGAACAAGGUGCUGGUUGACAAGAUCAAGGCUUCCAGGAAGAUUUACGUGUCGGGAACUGCCUGGGAGGGAAAACCAGCGUGCAGAAUUGCAGUUUCCAACUGGAUGGCGGAUGUGGAGAAGGACUUGCCGGUCAUUAAGCAGGUUCUUACACAUGUUGUCACGAGCUGGUAUUCAAAGUAGAUCGUGUUUCCUCGCGACUCCGCAUAGAUAUGCGCGGUUUGGCCCAGUUCCGCUAAUUAUGAAGAUUGGUGGCAUGCAAGAUAUACGCAUGGCCACGGACACUUUCUCGUGCUCCUUACAUAUCCUCAAUCUUGUACACCUCG